GCCCUUUUCUCUCUAUAUCUCUUCUCCUGCUAUCAAAGUUUUGGUUUUGAAGAGAUUAUUGAUCAUGUCUCAGCCAAACGAUCACAAAGAUACGAAAAUCUUCGUGGGAGGUUUAGCCUGGAAAACAACAACAGACGGUCUCAAAAGAUAUUUCCAGCGAUUUGGAGAUGUUCUUGAUGCUAAUGUUGUCAGCGAAACUUUCCCAGGAGGAAGAAUGAAAUCAAAAGGCUAUGGCUUUGUUACUUUUAGAGAUGCUGAAUCUGCCGCUAGAGCUUGCGAAAACCCGUUUCCGUUUAUUGAUGAAAGACAAACCAAUAUCAAUCGGGCAUACCUUCAUGCAAAGAAUACCAACACUAACCAGUUUAACCAAAACGGUUUUCUACAUCAUCAUCAGGCUGGACCAUGGCAUCAGUAUCACAACGGUUGGUUAAAUCAAGCUGCACAACAUCAACAUCAGCUAUAUUCUCAAUACACAAAUCCACAUUUUCCUCAAGUCUACUGGGAUCCAAAUUGUGGACAAUACCGUUACGUGUAUAACGUUCCACACAAUCCUUACCUCACCACCAUGAUCUAUCAAUAUGGUUCAACAUAUGGGAUGCAACAGAUUCGGCGUCAGACGAGUAAUCGACCACCUGUCCGUAUUUCAGCUCCGCCUAAAGGACCAUCGAUUUUAACUGAAGGCAUCAGUGAUCAAACCAAUCAAGAAGCUGAUGACAACAUCGAAAAGGCAGAUACAGAACCAGACAAUGGUGUUGAUCAGCAGCAUCAGGGAAAGGAUCAAGAAGGAGAUGACAGUGUACAAGACAAUGUCGUUGAUCAGCAUCAGGGAAGGGAUCAAGAAGGAGAGAGCAGUGGACAAGACAAUGGUGUUGAUCAGCAUCAUGGAAAGGAUCAAGAAGGAGAGAGCAGUGGACAAAACAAUGGUGUUGAUCAGCAACAGGGAAAGGAUCAAGAUGGAGAGGAUCAAGACAAUGAUGUUGAUCAGCAGCAUGAGGGAAAGGAUCAAGACGGAGAUGGCAGUGGACAAGACAAUGACAUCAUGCAAGAUUCAAAGGACCAAGAGGUAGAGAUGAUAAGUGGACAAGACGAUGACAUCAAGCAAGAUGCGGAUGCAACAAAACAGCUCGAUAAUGGGAUUGAAGUUACACCCCAACUCGUGAUGUCGGUGGUUUGUGAAUGAGAGUGAGUGAAUGUUACUAAUGCUAAUAAUACAACUAUAAUCUGCUGUUAUUUAGACGAAUAGUGGAUGUUAUUCAUUCUAUCAUGAAUUUCUCUAGAAUUUAAUCUCAACUAUAAUUUUCUAUCGUUA